UGUCCCUCGGACGCAGUGGAUCACCGAUCCAUGGAAAGAGCCGAAGAUGUCAGCUCGCUCAUGUGAUCAGCUGUGUCCAAUCACAGCUGAUCAUAUGGAACAUAUACACAGAUCAUCAGAGCACUGAUGAUCAGUGUGCCCUGAUGAUCUGUGUAGCCCCAGCAGUGCCACCUGUCAGUGUCCAUCAGUGCCAGCUCUCAGUGCUCACCAAUGCCACCUGCCAGUGCCCAUCAGUGCCACAUCCAUGCCACAUAUCAGUGCCCAUCUGAGCUGCCUUUCAGUGUCACCCAUCAGUGCCACCUAUCAGUGCUGCCAAUCAGUGCCACCUAUCAGUGUGCAUCAGUGCUGCCUAUCAGUGCCACCUAACAGUACCAGUCAGUGCCACCUAUCAGUGCCAUAUAUGAGUGCUGCCUUUCAGUGCCCAUCAGUG